AUGGAUUCCUCCAAGGCUCCCGUCAAGCUCGUUAAGGUCACCCGCGUUUUGGGCAGAACCGGCUCCCGUGGUGGUGUCACUCAGGUUCGCGUUGAGUUCAUGGACGAUACUACUCGUUCCAUCAUCCGCAACGUCAAGGGUCCUGUCCGCGAGGAUGAUAUCCUUGUCCUUCUCGAGUCCGAGCGCGAGGCUCGCCGCCUCAGAUAA